UUUUUGUCUUCAAAGACUCAACAUGAGGGCUUGACCUCGUAGGAUUCUGCUGCUAUCGAGCGUCCGUAUAACAGCACUACGACUCGAACGAUGGCCGACACAAUGCUCUUGUCGUCCGCUGUACGACUUCCCACUCCACCUCCAGGCGGCUCUUAUUCCCCUGGUCCUUCGGGCGCCAGAAAGAGGUCGCCACCUUCUCGAUCGCCAUCUCCUAGACGUCGCCGGCCUGCCCCUAGCGAAGAGGAUCGUCGGCGGAAGCCAGAUGGCGCAGAACAAGAACGAGAGAUGGAUGACCGGGAGCGACAGCUCAUGGCGAGAUUCAAGCCUAAGAAAAAUGAAGACACUGGACGGAAGCCCCUGACUGCGGAGGAAAAGCAGGCUGCGGCGAAAGCGGAAUAUGAGAAACUGCUCAACAUGAGAUCGGGUGGUACAUACAUUCCUCCUGCGAGAUUACGGGCGUUGCAAGCCGAAAUCACGGACAAAACCAGCAAGGAAUAUCAGCGCAUGGCAUGGGAGGCGCUCAAGAAGUCAAUCAACGGCCUCAUUAACAAAGUCAACGUCUCAAACAUCAAGUACAUUGUGCCGGAGUUGUUCGGAGAAAAUCUGGUUCGUGGACGAGGAUUAUUCUGCAGGAGCAUCAUGAAAGCGCAGGCUGCCUCUCUACCCUUCACUCCGAUUUACGCUGCCAUGGCUGCCAUUGUCAAUACAAAGCUGCCUCAAGUCGGAGAGCUCUUGUUGAACCGUCUGGUCGUCCAGUUCCGCAAGGCAUUUAAAAGAAACGACAAGGCUGUCUGCAUUUCUUCAACCACAUUUAUUGCGCACUUAUGCAACCAGCAGGUUGCGCACGAGACUGUGGCGGCUCAGCUUCUUCUACUACUUCUCCACAAACCGACCGACGACUCGGUGGAAAUUGCUGUCGGCUUGACGAGAGAAGUGGGACAACAUUUGGAGGAAAUGAGCCAGCCGAUAGCAUUAGCUGUAUUUGAUCAGUUCCGCAGCAUCUUACACGAGGCCGAUAUCGACAAACGAACACAAUACAUGAUUGAAGUCCUGUUCCAAGUCAGGAAAGACCGAUAUAAGGACAACCCUGCGAUCAGGGAGGAACUUGACUUGGUGGAGGAAGAAGAUCAAAUCACGCAUCAAGUUGAUUUGGACGACGAAAUCGAUACCCAAGACAGCCUGAACAUUUUCAAGUUUGAUCCAGAAUGGGAAGAGCACGAGGAAGCAUACCGAAAAUUGAAAGCCGAAAUUCUAGGUGAAGACAGUGGUGAUGAAGAGGAAGGCGAAAGUGGCUCAGACGUGGAGAGCACUGACGAUGAAGAAGCCGAGCAAGAACGCGCCAUGGAAAUCAAGGACCAGACCAACACAGACCUUGUCAAUCUCAGAAGAACCAUCUACUUGACCAUCAUGUCCAGUCUCGACUUCGAAGAAGCAUGCCACAAAUUGAUGAAAGUCCAACUCCCGGCUGGGCAAGAGCCAGAACUACCGUCCAUGAUCAUCGAGUGCUGUUCUCAGGAGAAGACCUAUUCCAAAUUCUUUGGCCUCGUGGGCGAACGAUUCGCCAAGCUCAACCGCUUGUGGACUGACCUCUUCGAGCAAGCCUUUGCAAAGUACUACGACACCAUUCAUCGAUACGAGACCAACCGAUUACGCAAUAUCGCGCGGUUUUUCGGACACUUGCUCAGCACCGACGCCAUCGGGUGGCAUGUCUUCUCCGUCGUUCAUCUGAACGAAGACGAGACCACCUCAAGCAGCCGUAUCUUCAUCAAGAUCUUGUUCCAGGACCUAGCUGAGGCACUGGGAAUGCCGAAACUGCAGGAACGCAUGAAAGACGAUAUCCUCAGGCCCAGUUUCGCCGGUAUAUUCCCGAUGGACAAUCCGCGGAAUACGCGAUUCUCCAUCAACUAUUUCACCAGCAUUGGCAUGGGUGCACUUACAGAAGAGAUGCGCGAGUAUCUCAAGAACCUGCCGCGACCCGAAAUACCCGCUCUUCCUGUACCGAAGGACGAUGUCUCAGACUCCGAGAGCGUGAGCUCGUACUCGAGCUAUUCGAGCUACACGACUAGCCGGUCAUACACCAGAAGCCCAACCCCAGACAGACGCAGAGUCAAAUCCAGCCGGUCGCCAAGUCCGGUCGCCCGCGACAGGGAGCGAGGAAGAGGACGCAGCUAUAGCCGCACGGUCUCGCGCUCACGCUCACGAUCGCCACCGCCUCGCAGAAAGAGAGAUAGAGCUGACAGCACACCCCUCUCGCGGUCACGGUCUCCACCUCGACGAGGAAAGCCCGCGGGGCGGAGAAGAUCCCCUUCAUACUCUGCAUCCCGCAGCCCUCCCCCACGACGGGUCGCCGCUCCUCCUCGAGGUCGACCGCGCACACGGUCGAGGAGCUACAGCUACUCUGGUGACUCCCGUUCUCGUUCUCGCUCUCGCUCUCGCUCGUCCCCUCCUCCUCGUUCUCGAAGAGGUGUCCCAGCUCGUGGGAAGAGAUACUCACCGUCCCCGACUCCUCCAUCCCCGCUCCGACGACGGAGGAACCAUUCACCCUCACCAUCACGUUCGCGCUCACGCUCCCCUCCACGCUUCCCUCGGCGAGACGGCGUGGCCCCCCCUCCCGUUUCAGCCCGCAAGCGCAACCUCAGCCGCUCGCCUUCACCUUCCCGAUCACUCUCGCGCUCGCGCUCACGGUCGCCCCCCCCACGACGCCGGUUCAAUGCCCGCCCGCGAUCAUACUCACGCAGUCCAAGUCGAAGCCGAAGCCGAAGUCCGCCACGUAGAGCGCCGCCACCACCAGACCGAAGAAGGAGAAGAAAUUCGUCCAGUGAGCGUUCGCGCUCGAGAUCUCCAUCUCCUGCACCGAGAAGAAGAUCCUCCCCUGAUGAUGCUCGAUCGCCGCCGCCGCGGAAAGGAGGAGGCGAUGACAGGAAAUUUGCGAGACGCCCCCGCUCGCCGAGUCCCGUUCGACGACGCAACGGCAAUGGCGCUGGUGGGAGACGCGAUCUAAGUCCAGGGGCGGCCGGAGGGCAAGGUGGGAGGGCAAGAGCUGCAGAUUUUGACUGAGAUGAUCAGUUCCAGUUCCAGUGUGAAUGCAGGCUGAGUACUUCGUACCUGGUAAUCAUUCCAGAAGGCCACUCGUGGUGAAGAUUGGAAAGUAUUGGCCGGUGUCCUUACUAGUGACUAGAAGGCUCAGGCCCAGAAUUCUGGGCUUCCGGAACAGCAGUCAACCGGGGCUGAUACACAAUUGGUGGUGGACAAACAGAAGGAUCACACUUGUAUGUGCGGGCAACUGGAAGAGUCAAGAGGAAGUACCUUAUGUAGUAAACAGAAAAAUUACAACCGGCCAGCCCGGCCUUGAACCAGUUCAAUGGUAUAAUAUAUCUGGUCUCGUACCGCC